GAGCCCUCUUUCAAAACAAGAGGCGACAAUUAGCGAGGACUUUCUCCGCUUCCCCCGCCGGAUGACUGGAAAAGACUCCACAGUGGUAAACUGCAGUGCACGAUUCGAUUUCCACUGGAAUGGAAUGCUUCCCCCCCAAUUUGGCAGCAGCACAUGCAUGCAUACAGUGCGGAGGUCUGGAAGACUUGCGGUGCUGGGGUUUUUCUCCUCCUGGUGUGUGGAUGGGUGGGGGGGUCUUCCGAGGUGAAGAAGUGAGGAUUAACGGCAACAAAGCUCGAUGGCCGGCAGGUAGAGCGCGAGGAGGCUAACGAGGGACAAUCAACAUGAACUCCAUUCCGUCCAUGGACAGACACAUCCAGCAGACCAAUGACCGGCUGCAGUGUAUCAAACAGCACUUACAAAAUCCGGCCAAUUUCCAAACGGCGGCGACCGAGUUGCUGGACUGGUGCGGCGACCCCCGAGCCUUCCAGCGUCCCUUCGAGCAAAGCCUGAUGGGAUGUCUGACGGUGGUGAGCCGCGUGGCAGCGCAGCAGGGCUUCGACUUGGACCUCGGCUACCGACUCCUGGCCGUGUGCGCCGCCAACCGGGACAAGUUCACGCCAAAGUCGGCAGCUCUUCUGUCCUCCUGGUGCGAGGAACUGGGACGCCUCCUGCUGCUGCGUCACCAAAAGAACCGACAGAACGAGCCCCCGGGAAAAGUGCCCAUGCAGCCCCCCAUGAGCUCCAUGAAGCCCGGCCUCUCGCACGGAGAUGGGUCUUUUCCCUACGACUCGGUUCCCUGGCAACAGAACACCAAUCAGCCUCCGGGUUCCCUCUCGGUGGUGACCACCGUCUGGGGCGUCACCAACACCUCGCAGAGCCAGGUUUUGGGGAAUCCCAUGACCACCAACAACAAUCCCAUGAACCCGGGCGGGAACCCAAUGGCUUCGGGGAUGUCUGGUAAUAAUCCUGGGAUGAACCCCUCUCAGUUCAGCGGCCCGCAGCAGCAGUUCCCCAGCAAGGGCACCGCCAACCAGGGCUACAUGCAGCAGGGCAUGUACGGACGACCCAACUAUCCCGGCGGAGGCGGCUUUGCUGGCAGCUACCCUGGGGGCCCCAAUGCCGGACCCGGAGGAAUGGGCAUGCCUCCGCACUCGCGGCCGCCGUCGGACUUCGCUCAGCCUGCGGCGGCCGCCGCCGCCGCCGCGGUGGCCGCCGCCGCCGCCACGGCGACCGCUACUGCCACCGCCACUGUAGCCGCUCUGCAGGAGACUCAGAACAAGGACAUGAAUCAAUACGGACCAAUGAGUUCCUCUUUCCAGAUGGGACCGAACCAGGCCUACAAUAGCCAGUUCAUGAACCAGCCAGCACCACGUGGGCCCGCAUCCCACCCCGGGAACAUGGGCUCAGGCAUGAAUGCGUCCAACGUGAGCGGCCCCCCAAUGGGGAUGAACCAACCCAGGGGUCAAGGCAUGGGACCCUUUGGAGGUCACGGCCAAAGGAUGCCCCAGCACGGGUAUGCAGGAGCCCGGCCUCAGGGCGUGCCUAUGCAGGGCAUGAAGAGGCCCUAUCCAGGCGAGCCUAACUACGGGGGGCAGCAGUAUGGACCAAACAACCAGUUCCCCAGCCAGCAGGGCCAGUACCCGACACCCAAUGCUUCCAGGCCGCUGCCGUCCAGCAACUACCCCGGCCAACGGACGCCAGGACAGCAGCUCCAAUCCCUAUAUCCGCCACCCAGUGGUCCCAUUGGGCAGUAUUAUAAGCAAGAGCCGCCUUUUAAUGGCCAAAGCACCAACUUUUCUGGGAGUGGUUAUCAGUACAGCCAGGCCAAUAUGAAUGGGCCACCCAGACCAAUGGGCAACUACCCCCACUCCCCAGUACCGGGCAACCCCACCCCUCCAAUGACCCCAGGAAGCAACAUCCCUCCGUAUUUAUCACCCAGUCAGGACGUGAAGCCGCCGUUUCCUCCUGACAUCAAACCAAAUAUUACUGCUCUUCCUCCACUGCCCGCCAACCAUAACGAGGAGCUGCGCCUCACCUUCCCGGUGCGUGACGGGGUUGUCCUGGAGCCUUUCAGGCUAGAGCAUAACCUGGCAGUCAGCAAUCACGUCUUCCACUUACGGCCCUCGGUGCACCAGACACUCAUGUGGAGGUCGGAUCUGGAGCUGCAAUUCAAGUGCUACCACCACGAGGACCGGCAGAUGAACACCAACUGGCCGGCGUCGGUGCAGGUCAGCGUCAACGCCACGCCGCUCACCAUCGAGCGCGGUGAUAACAAGACUUCCCACAAGCCCUUGCACCUGAAGCACGUCUGCCAACCGGGCAGGAACACCAUCCAGAUCACCGUCACAGCCUGCUGCUGUUCGCACUUGUUUGUGCUGCAACUGGUCCACAGGCCGUCGGUCCGCUCCGUCCUCCAGGGUCUACUGAAGAAGAGGCUCUUACCGGCCGAGCACUGCAUCACCAAAGUCAAGAGAAACUUCAGCAGCGUGGCGUCGUCGUCGGGCAACGCCGCCCUCAACGGCGAGGACGGCGUGGAGCAGACGGCCAUCAAGGUCUCACUUAAAUGUCCCAUCACUUUCCGGCGAAUACAGCUCCCGGCCAGAGGGCACGACUGCAAGCACGUUCAGUGUUUCGAUUUGGAAUCAUAUCUACAAUUGAACUGCGAGCGGGGCACGUGGCGAUGUCCUGUAUGCAACAAAACGGCAUUGUUAGAAGGGUUGGAGGUGGACCAGUACAUGUGGGGCAUCUUGAAUGCCAUUCAAAACUCCGAGUUCGAGGAAGUGACGAUCGACCCGACGUGCAGCUGGCGGCCGGUAGCCAUCAAGUCGGAACUCCACAUCAAGGAGGACCCGGACGGUCCUCUGGCCAAGCGCUUCAAGACCAUGAGCCCCAGCCAGAUGAUCAUGCCCAACGUCAUGGACAUGAUCGCCCAGCUCGGCCCCGGACCCUCGCCGUACCCAUCGCAGCACGGGGCAAUCAACGGCGAAUACGGCGGUCAAGGCAACAGUUACCAGGGCCACGGCAACUUUGAGUUCCCGCACGGAACGCCGGGCGCGACGUCCGUGAACGAUUUUAUGCACGGACCCCAACUGUCGCACCCGCCCGAUAUGUCCAACAGCCUGAUGAGCACGGACAAGCCUCUUUCCCACAGCAUGCCCGACACGAUACCUCACUCCUCCGUCAACGAGCCGUCGCACGGCACGUUGCAGCAAAGCAUGCACGGGUCGCCGCGUCCGGGCGGCCAAUCGGGGCAGCAGCAGCGCCACCACAGCGGACCCCCGCCCCCUUCGCGGCAACCCCCGCCGCCGCCCCCUCCUCCUCCUCAGCAGCAGCAGCAGCAGCAGCAGCAGCCCGGUCCAAACAGCCACCCCCACGGCGAUCUGACAUUCAACACCUCCAGCGGUUUGGACAGCCAAGCCGGGUCGGACAUGCCCGAACCUUCUUUAGACCUUCUUCCAGAGCUGGCCAACCCGGACGAGCUUUUGUCCUACUUGGACCCGCCGGACCUCCCCAGCAACAGCAACGACGACCUCUUGUCGCUCUUCGAAAACAAUUGAGGCUCGUCGUGGACUGAAAACAAAAACAAAAAAAGACUCAGUACUUGGCGAACACAACAAAGAUGCACUCCCCUUCUCUUCUUCCUCUUGUAUAGUUUGGCUUCAGAAAGGACGUUUUGGGGGGGGGGGGGGAAAAAAAAAAAAAAAAAAAAAAAAAAAGACGACGUCGCGAGGUAACGUUUGAAUUGUGCGGCUGUAAUCAAUUGUUUUGACUCCACAUGCAGCAUUUAUGAUCAUCAUAAUUGAAGGAACCGGGUUUGAUCGUCCCGCCGUAUGUCAUUUCAAAAGCACAAGAUAAUUCAUUAUUUCCCUCAAAAUUCGAAAUCUCUGAAAGUGAAGCGCUGUGAAUACUUUCCAGGUGCACCAAGUGCAUUCAGAAGCUAUUCACAACGCUUGACUUUCUCCACAUUAUGCCAUGUUAAAUCCAUGUUUCAGAAUGUAAUCAAAUAAAAUCACAAUUCAUUUCAGAUGGCCGUAAAUACAAUGGAAAGUGUUUUUCCACAUACACUUAAGCCCCAAAUUGUUCACGCAUGAGUAAAUAAAUUCACAGUUUCUCACACUGGACGCUGCAGUUUUGUGCUCCGCAGUCUCCAAGUUGCUGCAGCGGCCCUUAGUUUCCUCUUGGAUACAAUUUCUCUCCAUAUUUUGGAGACGUACAGGAGACGCUAGUUCUGCCAGUGUCUCUUUUAGGCUGAUGCGUUUAAUGAAGGACAGUUUUCACAGCUUUCCUGCUCUGCCAUUCGUCCCCUCUUGGAUAAAACAUAUCUUCUCACCAUGGAUAACUUCAGCAAACACGUAUUUUUUUUUUCGUGUUUAUAGUCUCCAUGUUGCUGCAGUGACCCUUAGUCAUGCAUUUUCUUACUGUGGAGUAUUUGCUUUUUUUCAGACAUAUAUUUUUUAAAAUUUGUCAAAAGUUGUAAAUCAAUUAAGGCUUGGAAAUCUCUAUCUAAAAUGAAUAUGAAAAGAAUUUCAAUGCUUCAUUUGUAAUGACUCCCAAUCAUUGAUUAAAUGCCCAUUCCUUCGUUCUCUAUUUUCUGCUACACAACAACGGUAUCGCUCAGUCUGUUAAAUGAUGCUCGGUGUGCUAAGCUAAUAUGUUUUGUAUUUGUUGGAUUUAUAGAAACGCUAACAAUACAAGGCAAAUUGUUAAUGCACCGAUUUACUGGAUUUUUCUUUGUUUUUGUUUUGUUUUCUUUGUUUGUUGUCUCAUUGAAGCAAACAUGAUUUGGGAAACUGCUCACCAAAGCUGGAAGGGUGAGAAUGACGUGUGUGUGUGUGUGUGUGUGUGUGUGUGUGUGUGCGCGUGUGUCCGUGCGCGCGCGUGUUGAAAGUUAGUUGAUCCAUCGCAACAUGGAUCGUAAACGCAGUAUUUGUGCUACAUUUCCUCGACUGUCUGUUUGAUGCAAAGAGUGCUGUUCAAGUAUGCAAAUGUAUUAUUAUUUUCUAAGAAAUGCUAUUGUGAUUGUAAAAUGUCAUUGUGAAUAUUUUUCUAUCAUCUCGAUGAAGAAACAAAACAAAAAAACUUUGUCUUUCAUCCUCUUCCUCCUCACAUUAACCACCCACACUUGGAAGCCCAAAAUGUCUCCUAAGUUAUUUCCUGUUUUUUUUUUUUUUUUUUUUAAAUAAAGGAAACACAUAAGCCAGUCAGAGAUACUGAACUGUCUGUCCAUCCAUCCAUUUUUAUUUUUUUUAUUUCCUGGUAUUUACUGUAUUAAUCAUUGUUGUCAACACGUUGGUAUAUUAAGUUAUAUCAGGUGUAUAUUUGAAGGAAAAAAACAUUUUAAAAGAUAUUUUUUAAAGUUGUUUUGGUUGUUGUAAUAUAUACUAUAUGUCAUCUCCUUGCCCCAACCCUUUUUUGUGGUAAAUUGUUUUGUACUUUUUGAUUAUUAUUAUUAUCUAAGGCUAGAAAUCAAAAUGUCUCUCACUGUUGACUUUUUAAAUUAUUGUUUUCAUAAAAUUUCUGCCUUAUUGGUUGCCAUAUACAUGCUAUCCCCCAACAUCUCCCUUCUUGAAAUUUAUUUCGUUGACUAUUAAUCAUGCAGGCUAAAAUUUCAAUAUCUCACUGUAGCCUGUUUUUUUUGUAAUUAUUAUUAUUGCAUUUUUUGUUGUUGCUGUAUACAUUCCACCUUUUUUGUAAUUUAUUUUGUACUACUUUUGUGGGUGUUUAAAAAAAAAAUGAUUUCCUUACUGGCUUUCAUGUAAUGUGAACAUCAUUGUUGUCAAUACGGUGGAAUUUUAAUGAGCAUAUUUUAAAGACUGUCACGGUAUUGCUCAUAUUGUUUGUUGUUAAAUGAAUCUGGCUUUUUUACUAUAUUGUAUACAUUUCAACCCCUUCUUGUUUUUUUUUUGUAAUUUGUCUUUCUUUUUAUUCAUAUCUAAGGCUAGAACUCAAUUGUCUCUCACUGUAGCCUCCCUCAGCAUUUUAUGUCAUUGAAUUCACUUCUUCCAGUUCAGAACACUGACAAAAAAAAAAUCUUUGACUAUACACUGCCACAUAAUUUUAUUUAUUUUUUUAUACUAUCUGAAAGGAGAGGUUGGAUGAAUUCAUGUUUAUUUCUUGCAUACAGGUGAGCCACUUUUGUGUACCCUCAAUCUGUAGUUGCACAAUCACAUUAAAGGCUCUUGCUUGAAAAUUGUUUUUUAAAAAUGAAGCGCGGAGGGCAAAGCGAGGUCAUAUGUGCUAAAGAUGUCUGUACAUAUGUAAAUGAAUAUAGAGACGUGAACAGAAAUGUAUUCCUGUUCCCUGGGAAUGUGCAUUGUUUCCUCCGAAUAAUAAAAAAAAGCUUGCAACCCCUCUAUUGGAAGUGGAAGAUUGGUAGUUUUAUGCCCCUCUCCUCCCUUUUUGGGACUGUCCGUGUUGUAGUACAUUCUCGUCUGUCGCUUCUUUCUAUACUUAAAAAAAAAAAAGUCCAAAAGAUUGUAAGUAACAUUUUUUAUAUAUCAUCGAAAAGCCACUGUCUGUGUUUGUACAUUGUAGUAUGUACAAUCAUUUCAUACUGCUCGGAAUUAUUAUUUUUUUUGUAGUUUUGCAGAGCUGUAUGUACUUAGACCAUGUGACACCCUCAUAUUUAUCUAAUAAAUAUGUAUUCAGAUA